AUGUAUUUAUUUAAGCAGACAGAGUAUCAUAAGUCCAUGGUUAUUAUUGUAGCCCUGCACGAGAGCGUAGGAAACUGGACAGAAAGCGAUUGCUGGGAGGCGAGACAAAAUGGUAGCCUCUGGGGUGAACAGGCGCGAGUCUGUAGACGGCAGCCAACAGCAAUGCCUCACGUAGCGGCCGCAGCACGACUGGUCCGCUCAGCCUGUCUUUCUGCCCACGCGGGCGAACGAUGGAACUGCUCAUCCAUUGAACUAGCGCCGAAGUAUUCGCCAGAUUUGCUCACAGGUACACGAGAGCAAGCGUACGUAUACGCAAUGUCGGCGGCCGCAUUGUCAUGGAGCGUGGCGCGUGCUUGCGCGUCGGGCUCGCUCGCUGCUUGCUCCUGCGCAGCCCCUCCACGUGCUCCACCGCGGCCCCCACGACAGGCAACCUCAGAACCCCAUGCGAGGUUUAAAUGGGGUGGUUGUGGGGACAACUUUCAUUGGGCAGAAAGAUUCGCCAGGCAGUUCCUAGAUACACACGAGAUAGAUAUACGAGAUGGAAACUAUGAGGAAUUUGAUGAACCAACCACGACUGAACUAACAACGCUGGAACCCACAACUGCCCCACCAAUUGUCAUAUUGGUUGAUGAUCAACCCGCACCGCCAAAUUUCACGACUAUGACCCCAAAAAGGAAAGGACGGCGGGGACGAAAGCGUCUCCCUAGGUCACCCCGGAGGGGCAGACCUACGCGGAAACGAUUCAGAGAACGAUAUGAAUAUGACGAUAGAGGCUUCAGACAUCGCAAUAUAGAAUAUCGUAUGGCUGCAGACGACCCUCGCUUCGACCCUCAAGUGGAUUUGCAAACUCGGCUCGAACGUUUACGACCGCUUAUAGCUUCUGCAAAUUUGAUGAACGUACGCUUUGGCAGGAAAACAGUAUCAAAUAGUAUGCGGACGAAAUGCACCUGCCAUGGCGUGUCGGGGUCGUGCUCGGUGCGAACAUGUUGGCGAUCUUUAGCACCAUUACAAAGAACAGCCUCCGAAUUGGCGAGGGAGGCAGCAAGAGCUGGGCCUCUAAGGGCCACAAGACGCGCUGCUAGGGCGAAGCCCCGGCUGCGAUAUGUCACACCAAGUCCAGACUAUUGCGAACCGGAUACCGCUGCUGGAUCUUUGGGAACCCAUGGCAGGCAAUGCAAUGUGAGCCUCGGCACCGGGCCUGGUGGCUGUGGAAGGUUGUGUUGUGGUCGUGGAAGAAAGGCGCUACGUCACAGUCGACUUGAACGCUGUCAUUGCCGAUACCAUUGGUGCUGUCGAGUUGACUGUCAACUAUGUCGAGUUACCAGCGAAGAACAUUAUUGUAACUAA